AUGGUGGUACAAGAUUCUGCAAGUGAAGUGUGUGGUAUAAUUUUUUUGAUCUUCGAGCUCUCCAUCAAUCCCGAUGCAAUGGCAGCAACGCAACGACAAAAAGACACCACAGUCUACGAAGACAAAGAUGUUGCAUUAGAAACUUUAAAAACUGGUUUGAUUUUUACGACAAUAGGCUUAUUUGUCUCGGCGGUGCAAAACACUCUAGACACGCAUAACCAUGGAGCAGCUGGCGUUUUUACGAGAACGGGGUCAACGAUAACUUCUUUUGCGGCGAUUGGAAGUAUUUUCGCCGCAACAGAAUCAUUGAGCGCGAAUAUACGAAAAACGGAUGAUUGGAGAAACUCUGCUGUUGCCGGAUGUGCUGCUGGAAUGUACCCCGGGUUAAGAUCACAUUCUUAUCCGUUAUUGAUUGGUGGAUGUGCUGGCAUGGGGAUCGUAAUGGGCGUAUUUGAGUAUUCAGGACGGUGGGGAGGAAAGUUGGCUGGAAAAACGAUGGAAGAGCAAAAAGCUUGGCGAGAAGGCUUUAUCAUAAAACCUGGCAUUCGUACUUUUCAUACUCAAAAUCAAACUUCUGAUGCUUCAAAUCAAUACAAUUCUUACGAUAACUAUAAUAACCAUGAUUAUAAUUAUCUUAAUUAUUUAAAUAAUGACAAUAACACGUAUUCCGAAUGGCAACCAGUAUGGGAUGAGAGUGCGCAAGCGUACUAUUAUUGGAAUACCCUUACCAAUGAGACCACAUGGCAUAUACCUUCGUCAUCGUCAACCGAAUUGAUUGGCGGGGGAGAAGAAAGUAGUGGUGCGGAGGGUGGUAAUAAUGAAAAUGCUGUAAAUAUUAAUAAUCUUAAUAGUGACCAAAAUUUAAUACAUAAUAAUUAUGCACCCACCACAUCAACAACCGUAGAGGAACCCUUAAUAAAUCCGCUUGAUUCUCUUCUCGAUAAAAUUGACAAAGAAGUAAAAUCAAAGUUGGAUGGCGAUUCAAAUCAAUAUCUUUACACCGAUCCGUCAUUACCAUUACCAGACACAGCAGCAACAGCAGCAGAAAACAUGUCCGAUUAUAAUGCAUUCAUUGCGCAACAUGGAAAUACAAGCACCGAAUACACCCUACAAGCACGUUUCAAUUCACGAACCGGUCGAUUUCAACGUGAUCCAAGUCUGAAUCCCGAAAGGUUUUCCGCCGACUCGAAAGCAGUUCGACAAAUGUCUUAUUUCUUUGAUUAUGAACAAUUCUCAUUGGAAAGAGGCGUGAAAAGGCUGAAACAGGGUAGCGGAGGCGAGAAGAGCAAAAAGAUUGGAAAACGAGAGUUGGAGAUUUUGAAGCAGAGGAAAAAGGAAAAAAAGGAAAUGAAAAAGAGGGCGUGGUUGAUGGGUGACGAUUAA